CCCCCCCAUGGCAGCAUACCACGCACUCGCAGCAAUGGCCAACAACCCCCCCGCAUCCUCCAUCUCCAUCCGGGGCGCCGCAGCAGCACCCGCCCGCGUGGUCGCCAAUGCCCUCCGCGGCGCCGGCAUCUCCGCCAGGUCGCAGGGCAUGGACGUCGACGGCGGCGGGGCUCGGGGCGGAGACAGGCCGCGGGGCAUCGAGAGGAGAAAGAGGUCCUCCGGCCCCCUAGACCAGACCGGCCGGCAUCGACCGCCACAAGGCGGGCCACCUGUCGACAGACCAUACGGCAGGUCCGCCCCUCUUCGCGGCACAGCCAGAAGAGGCGCACGCGGCGGUCUCUCCAACCCAGGCCGCGCACCGUCCGGCACUCCCCCAGGCAUCUCCGCCCUCCGACAAGCACCUUCAAAAGCCGAAAAGGACCACGCGAAAUCGGAACUGUCAAGAAAGCUGUCGAGUGCAGAGAUGAAAGCGUGGCUGGAAAACCGCAUGAUUGCCCCCGGUGUACUUGACAUGUCGAACCUGCCAAACGACGAGUGGAUCAAGUCGAACGGAAUCUUCCCACCGGGACAUCCCCAUGCGCCCCCCACCGCCGGUCUAGUGUUCUGGAGACUUAUCGACCAGACAUUCCAAAAGACCGACAAGAUUACAAUACACACCCUCUCCCUUGCCAACAACAACUUUUCCCACCUCAAACAGCUCGAAAAACUACCCAUCUGGCUGCCCGACAUCCGCGCUCUAGACUUGAGCGGUAAUCCCAUCAACCAUAUCUCCGAGCUCGAUAAUAUCUUGGCGUCAGGCGAGAAAAAGGGGAAAGCGAAUGCAGGCAUGGGCAGCUUGAAGAGUCUUGUGGAGCUUAAAUUGAAUGACUGUCUUUUCAGGGAAAAGACACUGGCAAGACCGGACGGAGAAGCUGUUUACAAGCAUGAGAUUCUCCGACGAUUCCCAGGUCUAAGGAUCCUCGACGGCGUCAGCCUCGAACGCGUCAUCUUCCCUAUCGAGCGGAAACCCAAGGUGAAGCAUACGGAAGAAGAAAAAGCGGCUCUUAUCGCGAGACCGUUUUCCUUUCCCGUCGAGGUCAGACCCGACUUUUUCUCUGAAGAAGCGGCGAGGAAUUUCGCCAUGGCUUUCUGUGCAAAGUUCUUCCCCUGCUUUGACAACAACCGCACCGAAUGUCUCCCCGCGUACGCACCCAACGCCCUCAUCUCCAUCGCCGCCAACACCCUCACCUCCCGUUCUGCCCAACAGCAAGUCGUCCUCAAAUCCCGGCUCGACCGCCCGAACCCGGUCCCCUUUGAACCGUGGAUCAACCUGCCCUCACGCAACUUUUUCCGUAACGCCACCUCUAUCCACCAACGCAUGGAGACCCUCAAAACAGCGGCUGACCCGGCGCAGUUGGCCGAAUGGUGGGAAAAGGCGGUGCCGAGGACGGAACAUCCGUUGACAGAGGCCAGCAAGUGGUGUUUCGAGUGCUGGGUGCUGGAUAGUGAGCGGGGGCAUGUCAGGCUGUGUCUCAUGAUACAGGGACAGUUUAGAGAGUUGCCGUCCGGCACGUAUCGGUCCUUCUCCAGGACAUUUAUCUUGGUGGAAGCUCCCGAGGGGUCUCCGGCAUUCAACGCUGGAUACCCAGCAAGUAUCCUGUCAGACACCAUGAUCGUGCAUUCCUUUUUCGGUACCGGCGCAUUCGACACAACCCGGCCGCUGGGUAUGAACGGCGUCACCAUCCAGCCGCCUUCUAUCCCAUUCACCCCUUCUGCCGUCCCUGCCCAAGCUGCUUCCGGUCUUGGUAGUGGCGUCAAUCCAUCAUUAUCCUCUAUCAGUCCAGGUGCCGGUGCCGGUGUCGGUCCCGGCGCCUCGCCAAACGGAUCAUCAUCAUCAGCCGCCGCCGCGCCAGACCCCACAACCCAACAAUCACUCAUCUCCCAAAUCUCCUCAAGGACGGGGAUGAACGCCCAAUACGCGGGCAUGUGUUUGGUGCAGAAUGGAUGGGAUCCAGAAGCGGCGAUCAAGAAUUUUGAAGAGAUCAAAUCGUCGAUUCCGGCCGAGGCGUUUCAGUAAAACGUUUCGGGCGUG